UUAGGGCAGGGCGCUUUCGCGAUGACGUCAUUUCAGCGUGCCGCCACCUAUCUGACAGCCGCUGUGGAAAGGUGGUCAUUGUGUUGAUGGUUUGUGCAGACUAGGUUCCCCCAGAAAGAUACGAGCAGUGGAUGGUAUGGACACCCCGGAUAUCUCAGGAGAGGCUGCAGGCGACAUGGCGAUGACCGCCUCCCAGAGAAGAGCCGAGAUCCGGCGGAGAAAACUGAUGACUAACUCAGAAGACAGGAUGAACCGGAUAAUGGGCAUUCACAAGCCAGCAGCCAUCGAUGAAUUGCGCAUAGAAAGAAUUGACAAACCAGAUUCAUUGCCCCUUUCAUCAGCCCUGUCUAAAAGGGGUGUCAUUCUUUCUGGCGACACAAGCAUAUCAACUGAACACCUUUAUGGCAGUGGAGAUGGGAGGGAGUCCUACUCAGGAGAAAGGACAGAUUUCAGCCAGAAUUCAGAAUUCCGGAAAGACAACAAUGGACUCUGGAAGAGCAGUGGAGAUGUGACAUCUGACUCCACCCCAAAAGGCAUAAACCAAUAUUUGUCAAAGUUUGAUGAGGCCAUGAAACUUAGGAACCAGCUAAAUGGUGAGAAGACGAAUCAAGAAAAUGGUAAUGGAGUGGAGGAGUUGGACUCUUUCCGCAUUUUUAGACUGAUUGGAAGUGCACUUCUUGCUGUGGCAGUCAGAAUGUUUGUAUGCAAGUUCUUGUCAAUAUUUGCUCCAUUCCUUACUUUACAACUUGCUUUCAUGGGAUUGUCAAAGUACUUUCCAAAGGGGGAUAAAAAGAUGAAGACAACAGUCCUUACAGCAGCACUGCUUCUGUCUGGGAUUCCUUCUGAGGUGAUCAGUCGCUCACUGGAUACAUAUAGCAAGAUGGCAGACGUUUUUACCGAUCUAUGUGUCUACUUUUUCACCUUUAUUUUUUGUCAUGAAAUACUUCUAUUUUUUGGCUCAGAAGUGCCCUGAUUGUUAUUCAUUACAUAUAUACAUUUGCACACUUUCUGUAUCUACUAGUCAACAUCUAGCUACAUGCAAAACAAAUUAGUCCUUUGCUAUCAGUGUAUACUGACUUGUUAAAAUAAUUGCUAAGGAUUUCAGCAGUCUUUCAGAUAUUACUUUCAAAAUGGUUUCUGCAAAAUGUUGUGUGCAUCAAUUUGUUGAAUAAACAGUAAUUAUCCAUUCCUCAGAUACCAUCCCGAUUUAAAAGGUAAACUAUUUAAUAGCUCCAAAAGACGAUUUAAUUCUUCCUGCCAACCAUAUUCUCCAUUUGUAGAACUUUUUCUACCAUUAUUUGUCUACAGUGCUCACUGCAUUUGUCAUCCACUUAAACCAACUUUAAGUCCAGUGUAAGCAUCCAUUCAUCCAUACUUCUAAAAACAUUAUAUCCUAUAUAAACCAUUUUUUUCUCUGGUGAUUUCUAUAUUACAGUGGCAGUUGCUAAUUUAUUUAUAAGUCAUUUCCAGUGUAACUGUAUCUAAAAUAUACUGGACAUAAAAAUACAAUAUUUAUUAAUCAAUAUACAAAAUUCUGUAAACUACCGUACAUCAAAGGAAGUGUGUGUGUGUGUGUGUUUAGUAUGGAAUAACAUUUAGAUAUAUUGUUGGCUAAUGAGAGAAACAAUGAUUUAAGAAAUGUGGGGAGAAAAAUCUUUAGCUUGCCUUUUAUAACCGGCUAAUUUUUUAUGUUCAAAGGGGAAAAAAAACAAAUUAAACUGACAGAUACUAUGAUCAUUUUAAGCUAUCUGUGGCAAUCACUGUAUCGGUACCUCUAAUACUGUGGUUCAGAACUCACUCCUCAAGGCACACCAAAAGUACCUGAUUUAGGCAUUUCCAAAUUCUGGUCCAGAAGGGUUAUUAACAAACCUGGAGUAUUGGUGUGCCAUGAGGACUGUGUUGGAAACU